AUGUGGCUGAAGGAAAUCGAGAGGAUUUUCAGAGUGAUUGACUGUGCUGAAAACUUGAAGGUGAGGUAUGGUACUCACAUGUUAUCUGAGGAAGUUGAUGACUGGUGGAUUGCUACCAAGACAGAGCUGGAUACUGAUGAGAUAGAAAUCACUUGGGUUGUGUUCAAGAGGAAGGAGAUUGAGUUUAUGGAGCUGAAGCAAGACAAUAUGACAGUUCCAGGGUACGCUGCCAAUUUUGUAGAGUUGGCAAAGUAUUACACUCCUUACAUCAAUGAUGAGGCAGGUGAAUUUUUGAAAUGCAUCAAAUUCGAGAAUGGUCUCCGUGAUGACAUCAAGCAUGGUAAGAAGCAUAUGGGUAGAGGUAAGCCAUAUGGUAGAGGUAAAGCUGUUGAUAGGAAUAAGCCUAGUGGGGGAGACUCCAGUGCGUUUGUCAGAUGCUACAACUGUGGUGAGAUUGGACAUCGUAAGAAUGACUGCAAGCUUGAUCGGAAGAAAUGUUUCAAGUGUGACAAAGUGGCCCAUAUUACUGCUGAUUCCCCUCCCCUCUCGGUUUCGCUCUCUCGCGGUGGCCUUACUCUCACUGUGAAUGAUAAUAACAACAAGGAAGUUUCUGAUUCGUGGAGCUCUCUCUCGAUUUAUCUCGCUCUCACUCUCGCGGAACAACAACAACAACAAUGA